GCAGGCAUCCUUUCAGGAUCUAAUCCUACCCAAUACGACCUCAACGAUCCUUUCAAGUUAUGGGCCAUUCAAGUCGUCGUCAUUGUGGUCGUUUCUCGAUUAUGCUAUAUGCUAUUCUGGCGUAUGCGCCAGCCGAGGGUAGUAGCGGAAAUCAUAGGCGGAAUCGUCUUGGGACCCACCGUUAUGGGUCGCAUUCCACGAUUUAGCGCGACGAUCUUCCCGCAGGAGUCGAUUCCUCUCCUCAAUCUAUGUGCGACAUUAGGCCUCGUCCUCUUCUUGUUCCUCGCUGGGCUAGAGAUUGAUUUGAAGCUCAUCAAGAAACAUGCUCGACUGUCAAUCGUCAUAUCUGCGGCGGGAUUGAUUUCCCCAUUCGCCUUCGGCUCGUUGUUGGCUAUACCCUUAUACCGUGAAUUCAUAGACCAAACCGUGGAUUUUGGCUAUUUUCUGCUUUUCACUUGCAUUUCAGUGGGGAUCACUGCAUUCCCCAUUCUCUGCAGGAUGUUAGCAGAGCUCGACCUGUUUAACACUACUCUUGGAUCCGUUGUCCUAGCAGCAGGCGUUGGAAAUGAUGUCAUUGGGUGGAUCUUACUCGCCUUGGCUGUGACUCUGGUUAAUUCCACCAGUGGCCUUGCCGCGCUGUGGAUCGCACUUACCUGCGCCGGUUAUACCGUCUUCCUCAUGUACCCCGUACGGUGGUUAUUCCUAUGGAUUGGUAGGAAGACGGGUGAGCUGGAGACGGGUGACCUGUCCAGUGUAAUGAUGACUUGCUCCAUCAUGAUGCUUUUGGUGUCUGCUUUGUUCACCGAUAUUAUAGGCCUGCAUGCCAUAUUUGGUGGUUUCCUGUCCGGUUUGGUCGUACCCAGAGAACGGCAAUUAUCGAUAACCGUCAUGAAACGCCUUGAACCAGUGGUAUGGAAUAUCUUUCUGCCCGUAUAUUUUGCUUUAUCUGGACUGAAGACGGACCUCGGACUACUGAACGAUGGCAAGUCUUGGGGAUUUACGUGUGUUGUGUGCUUGAUGGCAUAUAUGGGCAAAUUCAUUGGUUGUGGGAUCGCAUCAAGAUUUCUAGGAUUCACUUGGAGAGAAUCAAGUGCGAUCGGGACAUUGAUGAGUUGCAAAGGGCUGCUAGAAUUGAUCGUUGUGAACUUAGCACUUCAAGCAAGAAUCUUCACGGGCCAUGUUUUCGCCAUGUUCGUGGUGCAUGCUAUCGUGCUUACCGUCGUCAUCACUCCCCUGACAGGUCUAAUAUAUCCCGCCCGCUUUCGG